AUGCGUCUUCUCCAUCGACGUCAGAACAAGAAGAAAUAUCUGCCUCCUCUUCCUGGCCCCGAAGACAACCAAGACACGCUCGCUUUAUCAACACCACUGCUGCCUAUUCGCAAUUUUUCCUACCCUGCCGCAGCGCUCCAAACCCCACCAAACACCUUCCUACAACCCGUUUCUCAAUCAGCCAGCCGCCCUCCUGUGGACGACGCUUUUCAAAACCCCCACACGAAGGCGCGACCUUCCAGACCAGGUGGAGGCAUCGAAACCUCCUUUUCCUGGGCCUCCUCUUAUAUUCCCUUGCGAGGGGAAGAACUUCUCGUUUUCGCAAAUCUCGAGCCAUCAACUUCAAUCAGUGGACCAGAGGCGUUUGCCUACGUCAGACAGACUUCCGACAACGCGAGAGAUACGAGUCAAAACCAGCACCCCGGUGAAGGAUCACUGUCCCGGGCUUCUAGAACAUCGUCUAGGACUGCGAACAGUGUUCCAUUCAAGAACGCAUUUCCCAGAAAGCGCCUUCCGUUCCGGCACAAAUUCGCUACACCUGCCGAUCUGUCGCCCGCCUAUCCACACUCGCCUAGCUCACCACGACCGGCAUCCAGCUCAGGUGUGGCAGCUGUCGACACGAGAACACCUCUGCACAAAAUUGGUCUGGCUGUAGACGAAGAGGACAAUCAUCCGGGCACGCUGCUUGAGCUUGACGACGACGACGACGACAACGAAGACGAAAUGGGUCUCAGACGCAGAAUCUCGGAGAUGGACUUGAGAAUGUCCCCUCCGAGACGUAUGUUGUCAGACCAGUCGCAGCAAUCUGACUUCAGCACCUCAGCUGCCAGUAUCAGUGGAAACACAGUGAAAUCGAAACCAGAGGAGAAGCAGAAGGCUAAGGAUGGGAAAACCCGCUGGAUGAACCAACUGAAGGACUGGUUCAGUGUCGGCGAGCCAUCCUCUCAAGACUGGAAACAGUUGAAAAAACAGGAGUUCCACAGACAUGGGGUUGCCAUGAAUGACCCCAACGCAAGCGCAAAGCUGCACGCCCCCAUAGGGGCAAUUCCCGAGGAGGCCAUCAAGCCAUCUAGUGGCCCUGACCCCGAGACUCUUGCCAAGAAGCGAGCUGCGAAUCGCAAGAAGCUUCCCCGAGCGUACAGCGGGUGCGAGAGAACCUCGGGGUCUAUCUCUUCUGAGUCGUCCACAAACAGCAAGGAGGUUAACCCAAUUGCGCCGUGGGCGUAG